GCUGCGGGUUGGAACCAAGGUGCAUCGACCUGCAGAGUAAAACCUCACCUCACCGGAGAGGAGAGCAAACGUGGACUGCAGAAUCUCGAACCUCUGCUGCUGUUCGAACCCACCUGUGGCUCCAUCUACGCCGUUCACCUCCUUAAAAUGGCUGUGAUGCUGAAACCGUGGACAAUGCUGGUGGCCACUGUGCUGUGUGUGCUGGUCUGUCUGGGAGCACUGGCAGACGCCUAUCCUCCAAAGCCAGAGAACCCCGGUGAGGAUGCACCACCUGAAGAACUGGCCAAGUACUACACCGCCCUGAGGCACUAUAUCAACCUGAUCACCAGGCAGAGAUACGGGAAGCGCUCAGCUCAGGAGGACGUUGUUGCAGAGCUGCUGUUUGGAGGCGACAGCAACAGAGAUCAGCGGUCAAGAUAUGAUGACUCCUUUAUGUGGUGACUCAACCACCCUACUACCUCCUCAUUGUGCUUUCCUCCUGGGGACUUCCCAGAACGCACCUAGAGGAGCCAUCAGGUGCCUCUCACCCCCUCUAAAGCCAACAGAAUGACCAUCACUGACUGGAGCACAUACUCUCUCCGUCUCUUUUAUCAUGUCCAUCGCCUCUUUUAUCCCAACAGUGCUGUGUCAUAAAUCAACAUUCAAAUUAAAAUAUGUAAGAUCCAGCGCAGCCAAUGGAAAGGUGAAGUGUGUCUUUGUGUGUAUGAUCUCUGUUCUUCUCUUCAUCGCUGUGUUGUAAACACAUUCUGUUUUGCUGUUGCCACUGCCAAGAGUAAAAACCGAGGAUGUGAAUAAAAUCAUUUUCUGUCUGAUUAACA